AUGAGAGGACGUGGAGACGUGCCUGGUCACAGCGCGGCAGCUGGAUCACCAGAAUGCUCCGGAUGGGGUUCGGCUACGCAUGCGCGAGGAGAAUAUUGGGCGAAGGAUCUCGUGUGCGGAAACUGCAACAAACGAGGUCACAUCGCGAAAGUAUACCGCAGCCCGAAGCAGCCCCAGUCGCGAGGGCAGGAAGGACGAAGCACGUCGGCAGUUGAGCAGAAGUUCGAAGUCCUGUCAGUGCACGCGAUGGUUGGUGGAUCGAUCCACAUGCCACUGAAGCUGAACGGGACAGCCGUAUCACCUGUGCUGGAUACCGGAUCUGUGGUGACGAUCAUCACGGCGGACACGUGGAGGAGUAUCGGAGCGCCCAGGCUGAGCGCAUACUCCCAUCCACUGCGAAGUUUUACGGGCCAUCCGCUGAGUGUCACUGAAACGGCAACACUGGAGGUGGUGCACGGCCUUACACAAAUGGCGCUACCGUUGGUGGUAGUCGGCCGCGGCGGGAAUGUCCUCGGACGUGACUGGAUUGCCGCUCUAGAUCUCAUUCACCUCAGUCUGCGCGACCUGCAAGACACUUCCGUGUGUGGAGUUAGUAGCAAUCCGAAGCUUAAGGAAAUCCUGGAGCGCCACAAGGCAGUGUUCCGAGACGAGUUAGGACACUGUAAACAUUACAAGGCUCGGUUGUAUUUGAAGCUUGACGCCCGUCCGGUGUUCUGCAAAGCAAGGACGGUGCCGUUUGCGUUUCGUGACGCCGUAAAGAAGGAUCUCGACCGGUUGGUGCAGCGAGGCAUUCCGGCCCCGGUCGACCACGCAGACUGGGCGGCUCCCACGGUGUCGGUGCAGAAGCGUGCCGGUGAUAUCCGGACCUGCGCAGACCUGAGCAGCGGUCUGAAUGACUCCUUGGACAUGCGGCAGUACUCGCUUCCUACUCCAGAUGAACUCUUUGCCAAAUUGAAUGGAGGGCAAAAGUGCAGCACAGUGGAAUAA